AUGACCCUCCUUCUGGCCCUCUCUUCCUUGUGCCUGGCAGCGGGCAAACCUCCUCAUGUGCUCCUCAUCGUGGCAGAUGACUACGGUUGGGGCAACUUGGGUGUCCAUCGCCAGAAUGCUGGAGAUUCUUUGGGAGAGCUCCAGGGAAAGUUGGAGGUUCACACGCCCACUCUCGACAGGCUCAUCGACGAAGGAAUCUUGUUGGACCGCCACUACGCUUUUCAUGUGUGCUCCCCCAGCCGUUCCUCCUUGCAGUCGGGGCGCCUUCCGGUGCACGUGAACAAAGAAAUGAAGGAUCUUGACUUGCAGCUAGUGAAUCCGAAAGACCCAGUGAGCGGCUUUGCAGGGAUCCCGCGGAAUAUGACCUGCAUCGCGGAAAAGUUGCUCGAGGCUGGGUACCGCACCCACCUGGUCGGGAAGUGGGAUGUCGGCAUUGCGACGCCGCAGCACUCACCAAAAGGGCGGGGAUAUGAGACUUGGUACGGCUUCUACGGUCACGCCAACGACUACUGGCACGCGACAAUAGGAUUGACUUCAGCAGAGGGAUCUGUUGACGUGUGCUUGAACCAAAUGAGAGACUUGUCCAUGCACAAUUCGAGCUACUGCGGUCCCGCUCUCGACGACACUUCCUUGUCGGCCUUGUGCGAAAGCGACGACGACAAGGAGUCGGAACCGUCAUGUUACGAAGAGCAUCGUUUCAAAGAGAGGGUUCUGGAGAUCAUCCGGUUCCAUGACACAGAAAAGCCCUUGUUCCUUUUGUAUGCAUUCCAUUUGCUUCACACUCCUCUGCAAGUGCCGCAGAUGUGGCUGCGACGAAUCGAUGACCUCGUUAAAGUUGCAGGUGGCCAUCCGAUUGAUUCCAAAAAUCGACGACAGUAUGCUGCCAUGACUCUUUACAUGGAUGCCGCAAUAGGUGAAGCAGUUGAAGCAUUAAAGGAAAAGAAGAUGUAUGAGAACACGUUGAUCAUUUUCGUUUCCGACAACGGCGGUCCGAUCUAUGAGCCCGGUGGUGCCUCAAACCAUCCUCUGCGAGGAGGAAAACGAUCCGUUUUUGAAGGAGGUCUCCGAACGAAUGCCUUUGUCUCAGGCGGCUUCGUGCCAGAAUCUCGACGUGGCACGAAGUUUGAAGGCGUCAUCAGCAUUGCGGACUGGUACGGAACGCUUGCAGAGCUCGCCGGCGUGGACAUCAAGGAUAAAAAAGCCGAGGCGGCCAACUGGUGGCUGCGGGACAAGGGCCUCCCCCUGCUGUUUCCGGUAGACAGCGUGCCUCAGUGGCAACACAUCCUUCAGAACCGCAACGGCAGAGCCGAUCCUCUUCAGUUGGCCCAUGGUGCCCUGCUGAUGUGGCCAUACAAAUUGAUCACUGGAAAGAUCUACUACGGUGGCUGGACAGGGCCCGUCUAUCCGAACUGCUCCACUUUGCAAAGCGUUCGAGGUCAACGGGGACCACUGCCCGUGUCGUUUAAGUCAGAUGCUCCUACAUUCUUGCCCGAGCUCUCCGACGACGAAUUGGACGUGCAACUCUGGGCUGUUGAUUGCGGUGAGGGUUGCCUUUUCAAUGUGAGGGAUGAUCCGACGGAGCAUGUGGAUUUGGCUAGAGACCCUGACUACGCAUCCCUUUUUUGGAACAUGCAUGAGACGCUUGAGCUCAUGAACAAAGACAUCUUCGAACCAGACCGCGGAGCGGCGACGGUGGAAGCUUGUAUGGUGGCCAUCGAGCACGGGCGAACCCUCGGCCCCUUCGUAGACAUCGGCGAGUUCUACAGCUCUACACCUGCAAGGAGCCCAGAUCAGCAAGCUGAAGAUGCGGUGCUGAGUUCCACACUGCGCAUCAUGAACCUGGACGAGAACAAGCUACAGUUUCUCAAUGAGCUGAUGGAGGAGGCGAAGCACGCUCCGCAUGAGUAUGACAAGUGCCUGGUGCCGAUGUUUCGGGACGUAGAGCAGUAG